AUGGGCAAGACAAUCACCUUCGCUCCCGGCCUUGACGUUCCCACCCCAGGCCUGGGGACAAUGUCCCUCUCCCCUUUCGUCUACGGCGAAGUGGAUGACAACGAGUCUCUUGUGACACUCAAGACGGCCCUCGAUAUCGGCUGUACUUUCUGGGACAGUGCGGUUCUCUAUGGCGCGGGACAGAACGAGACCCUCCUCGGCCGGUUUUUCAAGGAGAAUCCUGGGGCUAGGGAGAAGAUCACCCUGGCGAGCAAGUGCGCCUUCGACAUCUACAAGCCCGAUCCGACCACCCGGUUCAAGAUCACCAACUCGCCCGCCCACAUUGCCCAGUUCAUCGAGGAGAGUAAGGAACGUCUCGGCUCGUACCCCGACAUCUAUUACCUCCACCGCAUGGAUCCCGACACGCCGCUCGAGGAGAGUAUUCCGGCUCUCCAGAAGCUCAAGGACGAUGGCAAGGUCAAGUAUAUUGGCCUGAGCGAGUGUAAUGCCGACACGCUGCGUAAGGCGUGCAAGAUCGCCCACAUCGACGUCCUCCAGAUCGAGUACGGCCCGUUCGACCAGAGUGCCGAAGAGAACGGCCUCAUGGCCGCGGCACGCGAGCUUGGCGUCACAGUCGUCGGCUACUCGCCCCUCGGCCGCGGCAUGUUGGCCGGUACGAUCCGUUCCCGUGCCGACUUGGAGGAGAACGACUUCCGCCGCUUCCUCCCGCAAUACACCGACGAGGCGAUUGCGCACAACGUCGCCAUUGCCGACCGCUUCGCCGCCCUCGGUGCCAAGAAGGGUGCCACCGCGGCGCAGAUCGUCCUCGCGUGGGUGGCUGAGAAGGGGGUCAUUCCGAUCUUUGGUACGCGCAAGGCCGAGCGCGUAAAGGACAACUUUGCCGCUAACAAGAUUACUUUUACGGCCCAGGAGAAGAAGGAGAUUGAUGAGCUCGUGGCCGAUAAUGCCCCACAGGGAGACCGGUACCCUCCUAGCAUGAUGGCUAGUGUCGGCCGAUAG